AAAGGUUAUAAAAAUUUAAAAACCAAAUGAGCCUCACAAAAGUAAAUCGCAGAAAUUGCAGACCUUCCUUCGCUAUUUCGUCUUGCCAAGAUUCAAAACUUCUCGGUCGUUGCUGUAUUGUAGCAUACUUUAGAAACGUGUAAACUCAAGCAUAAUGUCACCACGACUUAUCAAUGGCACAUGUCAUUUUGCUUGUGUCAAAAUUUUAGAAAAUAAGCGCGCUGUGUUUUUAGUGUUUAUUUAGUUAUGAUAGCUUGUAACAAUAAAACGGACUAAUAUCUAUAUAAAUUAGAUAAUUAAAGUAAUUCCAACAUGGCCGGCGUAUUAUUCGAAGACAUAUUCAACGUAAAAGACAUGGAUCCGGAGGGAAAGAAAUUCGACCGUGUAAGCAGACUGCACUGUGAAUCAGAAUCCUUCAAAAUGGACUUAAUAUUGGACAUAAACUCAUGGAUUUACCCUAUGGAGUUAGGUGAUAAGUUUAGAUUGGUGUUAGCAACUACACUAAGAGAGAACGGUUAUCCAGAUGGUGGAGAAUGGAACCCUCUGGAAACUGAAGGCAACAGGGCAGACAGCUUCGAAUAUGUUAUGUAUGGAAAAGUUUACAAGAUAGAUGGUGACGAAGCAGCUAUGGAGCCUGCAGCGAGGUUGUCAGCUUACGUCUCCUUCGGUGGGCUGUUGAUGAGAUUACAAGGGGACGCUAAUAACUUACACGGCUUUGAGGUCGAUCAGCACAUGUAUUUGUUAAUGAAGAAAUUAGCUUUUUAAUUUAA